ACAAGCCAAAAGCCAGCCUUUCCCGCCGGCCGGUCUGGGCUUGAGCCGAAGAUAAAGAAGGAGACCCAUGACGACAAACAGAAGAUCAGACAAUAGACAGGUCAAAGCAGAGAAAAAAAGGAAAUGCCAAAAAAAGAAAGAACAGCAAGGAUGUCACAUUGCCAGGUCAAGGUGCAGACUGACGUGCAGAAAGUUCGAACUAGCCAAUGAUGAGCCCCGCAGGCGGACCGCGACGAUGACGAGUCAUGAACCAAACCAGUAGGCAAGACCACUCCAUUUGCAGCAAUAUUGACAGUAGUUCUCUAUUCUCUGCCCCGUUGUCGCAGGAGGGAAUAAUAGACCGUGUUAUGGGGUAAUCCAACCCAACUUGACGGGGGGCGCUGGUUGGGCUGACAAAACGUGGACCUAUGAGAUAGCAGAAGUAGGGUCCUAGACCACAGUCUAGGUGCCUGGCUUUGAGGGGUUGAAACUUAGAAUGGGGGACAGGCCAUCGAGUUCCAGGGUUUGCGAACCAGUGACCUUAUCCAUCUGACCACAGUAAUUGGAGGAGUGACCAUCCAAUUGACAUAUCGAUCUCCCGGUACUCCCGUCUCAUUGGAGUCAUAGAUACAUCAGAUGGGGCCAUGCGGCUAACUGGGCUCCAUUGUUGUCGCCCUAUCCCAGUUUGGAGCCUCUCUGUGAACCAGGCAAAGCAUCUCCGCUUUAGACCCUACUGUUUCAGGUUCUUCGCCUCGAAGUAGCCGGCCUCUUGGACGAAAGAUCGGGGUCAUGUUGUACUCCCGGCUCAGACUGGGAAUGUUUCACAAGAGCAGUGGACGGAUGGUCCUCACUGCAAGAACAUUGGGACCAGCUGAUCGGUUAUGUGACUUCGACGGCAAGUCCGGUGGUACAACGGGAAUCGGAGGGUGGACGGUGCUCUGUUCUCGAAAGUGUGGAAGGUGGUGAAGAUGUUGAAGUUGACGAUGAUCGUGGCCAAGAA